AUGCAUGGGUUUAUAGGCGAGACGCAUAAGAUUGAUUCCCAAGAACUAGUGCGCACCGUGUUGAAAAGCUUGCCUGCUGUGCUCUUGGGCACGUUGCUCAAUAUACUUGAUGGAGUUUCAUAUGGAAUGAUCAUUUUCCCUGCAUUUGGUGUCUUUGCUGGAUUAGGUGGGAUGGGAGUGUCGAUGUUUUUUGUCUCCACGGUAGUAGCACAACUCGUGUAUUGCUUUGGAGGGAGUAGCUUUGCGGGUGCUAAUGGCAGUAUGAUGAUUGAGGUUGUGCCCUUCUUUCACAUCCUUGCGUCCACUAUAGCACGUGAUAUCGGAGACGAGUAUCCGAAAGAGAUCAUUGCCACGACGAUUGCGGCAUUUACGCUUUCGUCCGUACUCACCGGUAGGUCGCAUCUAGGUCUAAUUGUCGCGUGUUCACUCACCCAUGUGAUUUGCGUAGGGCUGGCCUUUUUUCUCCUCGGCUAUCUGCGUUUGGGUGGGCUCAUCGGGUUCUUCCCGCGGCAUAUUCUUGUUGGAUGUAUUGGAGGGGUUGGCAUCUUCUUAAUACUUACAGGCCUCACAGUAAGUACGCGUCUCCCGUCCGAUGCACUCGAUCCGCCGACGCUGGAGACCCUCCGGUACUUCAUUCUCAAUCCACACGCCCUUUCGCAAUGGGUUCCUCCCCUUGUCCUGGCAGUGCUUCUGAGGCUCAUCACAAUGCGAUGGAAACAUCAACUUGUGUUCCCUAUCUAUUUCAUGAUUAUACCAGUUGUAUUUUAUGUGGUCGUUGCAGCUGCACGGCUUGAUCUUGAUGCACUGAGGAGGGAUGGCUGGCUUUUCGAUAUGGCUGAGGGAACUGAUGAACUCAGGGCUCAUUCCAUGUUGACGCGAGCAGAUCUUGGAUUGAUCCGAUUUACGCCCUUAUGGACGACACUGCCGAUACAAUUUGCACUGUUGUUUUUCAAUAUCUUGCACCCACCUUUGAACGUUCCUGCGCUAUCGGUGUCCCUUGAUGAAGACGUCGAUACUAACAAAGAGCUUUUGGGACAUGGAUAUUCAAAUUUACUUGCCGGGUUUCUAGGCACAGUACCAAACUAUCUUGUCUACGUGAACACCUUAUUGUUUUACCGCGUGGGCGGCGGGACACGUAUUGCUGGCUUCCUGCUUGCGGUCGCUACGUUUAUCCUACUAAUAAUAGGGACAGGCCCCAUCGCGUAUAUUCCCAUCAUGGUUGUCAGCGCCCUAAUCUUUGUGCUCGGCAUCGACCUCGUUAAGGAGGCAUUAUGGGAUACACGACACCGAGUCAGCAGGAUGGAGUACAUCACGAUAGUCAGCAUCAUGGUUACGAUGACGGCAUGGGACUUUGUCAUUGGUGUUUUGUUUGGCAUUGUCGUCAGCUGUUUCUUCUUCGUGAUACAGAACUCGCAGAGAAGGAGCAUACGUGCAUGUUAUGCUGGAGAGUCAGCAAUCUCCACAGUCAGGCGGCCUGCUGCACACAGGGCGUACAUUCGAGAAGUGUCGAAGCAGACAAGGGUGCUUCGCCUCCAAGGAUUCCUUUUCUUUGGCACUAUCGCCCAUGUUGAAGAGACUUUGAGAAACAUCGUCGAAGACGCUACCUGGAAACGAAAUCCCGUCCGCUUCGUCGUCGUCGACUUGUCCCUUGUGGUAGGGGUGGACAUGUCUGCCGCAGAAGCUUUCGUGCGUGUGCAGCGCUUGCUCGCUGCAAAGGGCGUGGUGUUGGUGUUUUGCGGUGUCACCGCCGAUAGCCCCUGCGGCAAAGCGCUGAGCUGUGUGGGAAUCCUCCAAGAGCCAUCUGUCGAGGUCUUUGAGACCUUGAAUGAUGCGAUGGAAUGGACUGAAAAUGCAUAUCUGCGAGCAUGGUUUAGAGCCCAGAAGUCAUGGACAACUCCAAUAACGCUUCCUGGCCGCAGAGAUACCAGCCUUUCCUUUGACGAUACUUUGGCGGGAUCUCCGAGGCAAAUGCAACUUCGUGAUGUUGGAGAGCGCACGAUCGCUGGUGCAGAAUUUCUCGACAAGGACGCAGAGAAUUCCUCUGAGCCAUACAACACCCUUCUCAAUGCGUUCUCGUCGUAUCACGACGUAGACCAGAAGACGUUCAAACAGAUCGCCCCGUACUUUGAGCGAUUCACAUUCCCAGACGGUUUUGUCCUAUGGGAGAAUAAUGAUACCCCCGAUGGCCUGUAUAUCAUCGAGUCAGGCAUCCUGCGGGCAUCAUACAAGUUUGCGGAGCAUAGCCCCGUCAUUGAAGAGUCAAUGGUGUCGGGUACUCUAGCAGGCGAGCUUUCUGCUUUGUCGGGCAUGCCGCGGAAUGCACGAGUGGUUGUAGAGCAGCAGGCUGUAUUGUGGAAGCUGUCUCUCGAAAACAUGCGUCGAUUGGAGACAGAAUGUCCUCAUCUUGCACAGAUUUUUGUGCAACUUGUACUCAAAGCUGCAAAAGUCGACACCGACAUCCUUCUUGCUGCCUUAGCAACAAGAUGA